AUGAAAUUUGCAAUUGUAAUUCUUGCUGCGUUUGUGUUGCUUUUGGCUGAAGCAGCACCAUCAAAUAUGGACGAAAAGAGCCAUGUUCGAGCCAAAAGAUGGUAUCCAUAUGGUGGCUAUGGUGGAUAUGGCGGGUAUGGCGGGUACGGCUAUCGAGGUUAUGGCGGAUAUGGCGGAUAUGGUUAUCGAGGUUAUGGCGGUUAUGGCGGAUAUGGCGGAUAUCGUGGUGGCUAUUAUGGUGGAUAUCGUGGUGGUUACGGCGGCUAUGGUGGAUACGGUGGAUAUUAUGGAUAA